AUGGGUGGGGGAAUCUUUUGCAUCCCAUGGUUGGGAGAGAAGUUGUCUGCUAGGCACAAGGCACGACACCAGAAACGCGACGAGUUGCUCAAAGAGAGGAUGGGUUCGACAAAGUUCUUGGGCUCCCAGGUCGGCGGGAGCUCCGUCAUCAACUACUCCUACACGGACUUUCCCUGGAAGCUGCUGGCCUACGACAUCUACUACUUCUUUCGAUACAUUUGGGCCCUUCCAUGGAUCGUCUGGCCAAUUACCCCAUCCGACUCUGGCGCCCUUGACGAGCUGGCCUUUACGAGGCAGAACCUCUUCUGCGUCGGCAUGCAUCUCCUGCUAUGUGUGCUACAGAUCGGCUUCAUUCUGGCACUCCCCAUGACCAUCUUUUUCCCCUUGUGGAUCGACAUCCUUGCGUUGGGUGUCUUCUUCACCGUCAACUAUCUCCUCUGUCUCUGCCUAAACGGCCCAACUCUCACAUACACGUCGGAUCCCAAGUACGCUCCAGAGCUGCCUGAGCAUGCUCACGAGCAAUGGAUCUUUUUGAACGGCGUCGCCGUUGGCGACCACUGGAUGAAGAACAACCUCAACCGUCUGGCCCUCACCUUUAAGCGCCCCAUUCUCGGCAUCCACAACCAAACCUCCGGCAUCCUGUUCGACGUCGUCGAGUGCCUGAUCCAGCGGAAUCUCGGCUACGCCACCUACGACGUACGGAUGUGCUAUCGUAUCGUCAAAGAGACGCUGUACAAUCCAAAGUACUCCAAGGUGGUUUUUAUUCUGCACUCCCAGGGCGGCAUCGAAGGCGGUCUCGUCCUCGACUGGCUUCUCCAGGAGCUGCCCCAGGAUCUUCUUGCCAAGCUUGAGGUCUACACCUUUGGUAACGCUGCGAACCACUUCAACAACCCCCAUCGCCACGUCGCGUCCCAGAACCUGGCGCAACGUAACCCGGCCGCCAUGACUUUGACCACGACCACGAUGGCUCAGAUCGAACCGAACGGAAGCCCCAUAUCUCCGGUGACGACUGGUCUUCGGCGACGAGCUUCGGGCACCCCCAACGGCACCGAAAACGGACACGCUCGUACACCGACCUUGUCCAAGGAAUCCUCGUCCCUGUCGUCUUCCCGAUCAUCCACCGCCGCCCUCGACCGUGCCAUCGGCCACGUCGAACACUACGCCCACUCGACCGACUUCGUAGCGAUCUGGGGCGUUUUGCACUUUUGCACCUCUCUGACCGCAGACCACAGCAUGCCGCGUUUCAUCGGGCGUUUGUUUGUGAGGGCUUCGGAGCGUGGAGGUCACCAGUUUUGCCAGCACUACCUGGACGGCAUGUUUCCUCUGGAGAAGGACGCAGAGACGGGGCAAUACAUUGGCGCCGCGGACACAAACGAGUUUAUGGAGAGUGAGAUCCAGGUCGGGAGGCAGGGAGAUGCGGGGCAGAACGCCCGUGAGGCCUUUGAGGUGUCUUACCUGGGCCGAGACUUUGCUAACGAGGUCGAGUUCCACGGAGAGCGCCUCAAAGGCCGCAACAGGAAGAGGACAGUCAGGGUCAAGGAUCUCUCGAGACUGUGGCUCUACCGUAACGGCGCCAGCCCCCCUGAGCUGCCGCCAUUCGUGACGUCGGAGAAUGGCAUCGUUAGAAACAGCACGCUGUAG